AUGGCGCAGGCACUCGCGGGCUCUGAGCUGCCGCUGCCGCAGCUCGUCGAGAAUGCCCUGCAAAUUAGCGACGUCCCAGCACAGCGCAUCCUAUCUCUCUUCGAACGCGUGAUCACCACCAAUGCUCCCAUCCUCGAGUCCCUACUCCUUCAAGUCCCGACCGACACCAUCCUCGCGCUCUACCACACCUCCCAAUACCUUCGCACAUUUCUCCAGUCGUAUCCGACCGCAUGGAAAUCCCUUUCGUUUCGACUGCUCUGCCCGUCGGGCACCCUGCCAUCAACUCGGAUAAUCAUCCCGGGCAUGUCGGACCCGGAAACGCAACGGCAAUCACGACCAUAUGCUUUAGAUCAGCUACUGAUGAACGUGGUGAUCCCGUUCAGCGGAUGCCUCAAGAGCUUGGAACUGGACAAUACGGCCGUCUCGGGUCAGAUUCUGAUCUCAACCGUGUUGCAUGCGCGCCGUCAGACACUGGAGCACCUGUCGGUUCGGGGCUGCAAGAAUGUAUCUCUCAAGUACCACAUCAUCCCAUAUCUGACCAUGUUUGGAUUGCAAUACGAUGUGGAUAUGGAGAGGAAUAUCGGCAGCUCUCCCGCUACCCAGCGGCUUGCGCUGAAGAGUCUUUACGUGUACCGAUGCCGUCACCACCGUCGUCGGCCCUACCUCUCUGCUUCGCUACUGCGGAAGGAUUCUGAUUCGGAGCCCACUCAUGAUUUAGUGAAUCUUUGCCACAAGCUAGGGAUAUGGACCGACACUGCCUGGUGCACAACCCCAGCUGGGAGAUGUUUCCGUCGACGUGGGUAUGUCUCGAUGCGAGUUCCCCAAGGUUCUCCAGAGGUGUGGGUGGUGUUUGAUCGGCUAUGGCGAUGCAAGAAUUGGAUUGGUCCUGUGGACUCUAAGUCGGAGCGACCGCGUGUGCCCGAUGGGAAGCUGUGGGAGAACUGCGACACGGGAUGCCAUGGUGAAGCGCUAGGGACUGGAGAAGGGCCAGAUGUCGGGGAAGGAAAAAUGACACCGGCGCAUUUGCGCCAGAGUCAUACACAAUUCGUUCACAACGUGAAAUGCGACAACUGUUUCGACGAUAUCUCAGAACGGUGCGAGCAGUGCAGCAUCUUGAUGCAUUGUGUAGGGUGUCGGAGAACCCUAUGUGCAAGCUGUGCCUAUGAGCGCCCUUACCUUCACCGAGGCACAUCAGCUUCCAACUCUGGAAGCAACAACAACAAUGACUCGAAUAGCUCAAAUUCCCUGUGGUGGGCUCCCGGGGCGACCCUCUCACCCAGCUCGAUGCAAGACCCGGUCUCAAACCCAAUGGAUAACACUGCAUUCCAUGGGGGUGCGCCAACGUCACAUCCUGCUCUCAAGUUCCACUGGUGCUGCACGGAGCCCAUCUUCUCUGGAGGAGGCGGUAUCAGCAUCGGCACUCCUAGUCGAGAUGUUGAUCAAGUACGUGCGGUCCCUUUGCCCCGUGGUCAAGGCUGGGAAGACCUCGAGUAUACCGUCAGCGAGUGGAGCAAGACCUUCCCCAAGUACGCUUAUGGCGAUCCCAGCAAACCGGAUUACUCGCUGGAAACGGGGCACCUCGCGAUGAUGAAAUGGUUACUUGGGCCUCCCAACCGGCAGGUAUCACCGUGCCCGCGCAAUCUCUGCCAGGAGUGCUAUGACUCGCCACAGUGGAAAGUCCAUUGCAAGAGCUGCUCCAAGCCUCUCUGCAUUGAACACGACCUCCGCGGGCUUCGCCUGCGCAUCUGCGGCUACAGGGACCUCGCAUUCGAGAAAAUGACUAUUCAAACCCGAUCUGCGGCACAGUUAUCACCUGAUGCGUCCAUGAGCCAACAACUCCCCGGCUAUAUCCUCCCAUUCCGGACGCAUCGAAUCAUUGACUCCACCAACAGCAGCUUUAUUGACGAUCCGCAGGGCGAUGGUGUCGCAGAUGACCCCGAGUUCGAUACAGUUAAUGGCGAAGGAUCAACUCAUCCGUUGUUCUCACGCAAUGCUACUCGCUCCUUUUCUGCCCCACCGUCCAACGAUUCUGGAUCGUCCUCGCCAACGUCCGUAUCAUCCGAGUCUCCCUUCGAAGCGCCACGGUGGCAAGGAUGCCAAUCCUUUUUCUGCCCUCAAUAUCGUGCUGUUGGGGAUCAGCGCCAACGGUGCCCAAGCUACCUCCGGGAAUGCAAGGCCUGCGCCGUGUAUGUCUGCCAGGACUGCGUACAAGCACAUCCACCUUGCAAGUGCACCUACUGCGAGGAAAAUUACCUGUGUCCCAACUGCAUGAAAGUCCGUGCUCGCGACGGGACCUGCCGCCGUCGAGAAGAAGAGAAGGCGCGGAGGGAGCGGAAGUGGAAAAAGGACAUGCAGGUGCUCGAGGGUAUCUUGGAGAUCAAGGUUGCCAACGAAGUCGCCGAGUUUGCUGGCCAGUUCUUUGACCUCGUUGAGCUUGAUUCUGGAGGUGCCAUCAUCACCAGCUGUCUCAUGGAUGACACCGAGUCUGAGGCACCUCAACCCGGUGACUCGCAAAUGCUCUCUUCAGGCCCGACCACGGACGUUGGCUCGAGCACUAUGUUCUUCGGGGACAGCUUUACCGGGGCACCUGACGAGUCGGAAUAA